GCUAUACAAACACGUCGACAUGGAGAAGAUAAACAGAAAAGUAGCUACGUCGUGUACAUCCGAAUUAGGUCGUUAAAUGUUUCGGGAACCGGGCAUCGAGUGUCAUCUUUGUUAAGCCGACUAGUAUUUCAUUAAAGGUUCUCCAUUAAGGGAGCGGCUAAUGAAUUCAAGCUUCUGAUUGUCUAAUUGUCUGGUAUGAUUGAAGGUUUGUGGCGACAUGGACAGUGACCUGAGUCCCCAGGAUAAAAAAGACUUGGACAAGUUCAUCAAGUUCUUUGCCUUGAAGACUGUCCAGGUCAUAGUACAAGCUCGCCUCGGAGAGAAGAUCUGCACCCGCUCGUCCUCAUCCCCGACCGGCUCCGACUGGUUUAACUUGGCCAUCAAAGACAUUCCCGAGGUCACUCAUGAAGCCAAGAAAGCGCUCGCCGGGCAGCUGCCGGGCAUCGGACGCUCCAUGUGCGUUGAGAUCUCCCUGAAGACGUCAGAGGGUGACUCAAUGGAGUUAGAGACUUGGUGCCUGGAGAUGAAUGAGAAGUGCGAUAAGGACAUCAAGGUGUCAUACACAGUUUAUAAUCGUCUGUCCGUCCUCCUGAAGUCUCUGCUGGCCAUCACCAGAGUAACGCCUGCCUAUAAGCUGUCUAGAAAGCAGGGGCACGACUACGUCAUAUUAUACAGGAUCUACUUCGGAGAAGUCCAGCUGAGCGGAUUAGGGGAAGGCUUUCAAACUGUGCGUGUUGGUGUCGUGGGCACCCCCGUGGGCACAGUCACACUUUCAUGCGCCUAUCGCACCAACCUGGCGUUUAUGUCCAACAGGCAGUUUGAGAGAUCGGCUCCCAUCAUGGGGAUCAUCGUGGACCACUUCGUGGACCCUCCCUGCGGCGCCAUGGGGCAGCCCUGCAACUACAGAGCUCCAGACGAGGAGGAAGGAGGUCCGUACGCGGGAGUCCAGGACUCCCAGGAGGUCUGCACCACCUCCUUCUCCACCUCCCCCCCCUCUCAGUGCGUGUGCACGCUGAGCCCGUCUCCCUCUAAACUGUCCAAGCCCCUCCCCCUGGACAGUCUGCAGCUCCCAUUGGCUCCUGGACUUGUCACUCACACUCUGUACGCGUCCAGAUUAUCCUACCAGCCUCCAGCGCUCGCAGGAGCCGCCGAGCUUUGUCACCCUGCUGCCAACCCCAACCAGGUGUUGCAUGCUGUGAAGGAAGGCGGAGUCGUGCUGCUCCCCGCUCAGCCUCCUCACGGAGCCGACGCCCAUUUGACAGCGGAGCACGGCCCCAACACGCCGAGCAGCAGCGGCGACGACGACGGCGGCAUGUCGCAGAGCUGCGAAAGGCGGAGGGACGAAGGGAGGAGGAGCGUUUCUCCCACCGACCCGGUGGAGUCCCUCAACGCGUUCACGAGGAAGAUCGGGGCUCUCGUUAAUAAACCCAGCGCGCAGAUGACGGCCGCCAGCCUGGACCUGCCCUUCGCCGCGUUCGCCCCUCGAGGCCUCGACCCGGAGGAGAACGACCCCAUGGUUCAGCCCCCGGACUCUCCCCCCUGCCCGUCCCCCCUGCAGGCCAGCCUCCACUCUCAGGGCUCUGAGGGAUCCGGGCAGCAGGACGACUUCGUCAUGGUCGACUUUCGCCCGGCUUUCUCCAAAGACGACCUGCUCCCGAUGGAUCUGGGGACUUUCUACAGGGAGUUUCAGAACCCUCCACAGCUGGCCAGCCUCUCCCUUCACAUCAGCUCCCAGUCCAUGGCCGACGACCUGGACUCUCUGCCGGAGAAGCUGCGCGUCUACGAGAAAAACAUCGACGAGUUCGACGCCUUCGUGGACAUGCUCCAGUAGGAGGAGGCGGCGGCGGCGGACCGAGGGAAAAACGCGAAACGUACGAUAGCGCAAACGAAAGGGAGACGCAGACCGGAGGCUCUCUAGUCGUUCGUCCUGUGAGAAAUACUCAGACUAUAUCGCCGUGUUUUCAUGCGAGGCGUCUCGUGGCCGACGCUCUUCUUCCCGUUCGGUAACACUCAGCUUGUACAGAACCUCCACUUCAAUGUAAAUACUGCAUCUUCUCCUCAGACACUGGCACACACACACACACACUUCCCUCCGGUCAGGUAGUUAAACUGAAAGUCUUUAUCUGUGUGGCACGAAUCAGAAAUCAUAGCGUUUCCUGUCUCUUCAGCCGUGUAUUUAUGAUUUCGUCAAACUCACUGUAACUGACCCGUCACGGCCUUUCUGAUCGUAUUUAAAAAAAGGGGGGGAAGAUGAGCAAAACGAAUCGUCACAUGCUUCCGUUAAGAAAUAAAAUAAGGCUUUUCCUUCCAUUAUGAAAUCUUAAAGCUGGUCUUGGUGGAGGAAGGUGCAGGGAAGCGUCCCGAGCUGGUCUGGGGAUUCGAUGGAAAAUGAAGUAACCGCAGCCCCAUGUAUGUUUAGAGAAGUACUACACCCCAGCGAUAACACAUGUCUGACACCUAAUGGUUGAUUGUGGAGACUUUAGCAUAAUCCAGUCAAAUUACAGCUCCGGGAAGUUCAAAUAGCAAUCUUCACAUAUAAUGGGUUGGAUUUAUUGCAUUAGACUAUUGGUUUUCUAAUAGGCUGGUGAAUGCUCAUUGUGUACCGUUCAAUGUGUAGAUUUCAGGAUUUUGUAAAAAAAUUUAAAAAAAUAAAUAAAUGCACAUUUCUGGCCGUCUGCAGGAAGGAACCCAUGACCAUCGGUGUUUGGUUGAAAGCUUUAAUUUAAACUUUUCUGUUGGUGUAGAUGUCCUAAUAAAGCAUGGCUGCUCUGUUCA